UGGCCGCUGCCUGGUGUCCUCCGUCGCUGAGGAAGAUGCUCCACAAAAUGAACUGUCCCUCGUAAACUGAGCUCCCUUUUCUUGUGUCAUUCUGUGUGUUUCUGUGUGUGACAGUCAUCUAGCAUGGAGGAAGAACGGCUGAAGAAGCUGCGGGCCGGCCAGGAGAUGUUUGCGGAGAAGCGGAAGCGCCUUCAACGUCGCUCGGCUCAACAGAGGCCCGGCUUCUCCUCCCCGGCCAGCAACAGCAGCGGUGCGUCGUCCGUCGCCUCGCCACCCGCCGCGGCUGUUGGCGCCGCGUCGGACUGCUUGUCACCGCCGUCGCCCGCAGCUGCCUGUGGAGAGCAACACAGCCACGACAACCUCGCCUCCUGCGGGAGUCCAUCCUCUGUGCCACUUCCUUCAAGUGGUAGUUCAAGCUAUGAUAGCCGGCACUCAUCAAAUACCAGCCGAUCUAGCAUGGCCUCCGCACAAUCCCCGGAGAGUGUUUCCAGAAAGACAUCUUCGGGAGCUUUGACUGCAAAGAUUAAUAAUGGCCUGGAUUCAAGCUUCGACAUCAGCUUUUCUAGCAUAGAGGCUUGUGCAUCGCCCGAGAUAAUCAAGAAGGAAUCUGAACUCUCACCUGCACAUGCAGACACGUCUUUCAACGAAACACUCAGCAGGUACAAGAGAAAGAUGGGCGAUGUGAAGCGUCAGCUGAGCAAGCGUGAUGAGCUGAUCAGGCUACUGACCGGGCGGUUGGAGAAGACACGUCAGGAACAGGAGCGCGCACUGCGGGAAGCCUCUCAGCAGGAGCAUGCACUGACCCAGGAAGUGAGCCAGCUGAAGGGAGAGCUCCAGAUAUGCAUGGAACUGCUCGAGGCCCGAGGCGGAGACUCUAGCCUCAGGCAACAGCACCAGCAGAUGCUGAACGCAAGAAACGAAGCAGUGGAGGAACUGCAACAGAAAGUGGAGGCCCAGGAGCAGCAGAUUGCCAUGCUGCAGCAGAUACGCACUGACCUGCUUGGCCGACUGGCAGCUGCCGCUUCUCUAGGCCACGAGGAAGGCGCGAUUGUUACGAGCAAUGGCAGCCACCCUGACUACUUGGCAUCAGGGGAAUGCAAAGCUGCCAGUCCUUCGGCAGUCGGUUGUCGUGGGGAUUCCGUUGCACCGACUUUGGUGCCCGUCUCAGAGCUUCCCAAGCAGCAGUCACAGGGCGACACCACCUGCGAGCAUCUUCCGUCCCCAGAGCACACAGAAUGUGACGAGAGCCACUUCCUCAGUUGCAAACAGGUGGUCUGCAGCCACCUUUCUGACUGGAUGACGGCCCGCUUUCUCAGUGUAGAAAGCCACUCUGACAUUGAAGCGGUCUACAAUGAUCUCAAGUUGUUCGCCAUGCAGGGCCUCGAGUAUGCAGCUGCUUGCGAAGCUUACAGCAUCUCCAUACCUAGCCCAGCUGAUCUUCUAGAACAGGUGGCCACGUUGCACACCAAGGUAACGACCCUCGAAGAAGAUCUCAAGGCUCUGGAAGGGGAAAUGAUCAGAGCACGUGCCGAGAAUGACAACCUUCGUCGCAACUCAGUGGCGACAGAGGAGGAACUCAAGACGCUCCGGAAGGAGCGAAACGUGGCGUUAAACUCAAUUAAAGAGAGUGAGUAUCAGCGGGCCAAGGAAGAAGUGGAAGACGAAAGCUUGCUGGAGGUUUAUGAACUACAGACUGAAUGCAUUCGCCUCGAGCAAGAAAAGAAAGCCUUAGAGCAGCAGCGCACACGUCUCUUGUCGGGUGAGCAGUCGCCCUGCAUGUCGCCCAUCCCACCGACACUCUUGACGGCCGAGCGAGUGCGGCAUAACUCGGCCGUGCAGACGGACGAUUUGGAGGCUGCGAAAUCUGUCAUAGAAAGCAGCGGCGCUGCACUUGCGCAGGCUGUGGACAAGAGAUUAUCACUCGCUUCUUUGAGUGCAUCAACAGAGCUUGAUGACGAUGAAAACGAAAAGGGCGCAUACGAUGCAUUAGUUGCCGAGAACAUUCGUCUCACUGCAGAGAGGCAGCGGGCGGAGAGCGAUCUGGAAGUUUGCCGAGAGAGGUUACGCGGCGCGGAGGAGUUGAUAGAAAAACUGAAAGCGGAGCUCGAACAGGAGCACGGUAGCCUAGAGCAGCUCAUUGCCCAGACAGAAGAGAUGCUGAAAGCUACGACCAACGCUGAUCUAUCCAGUCGCGAUAGACGCGUCUUCCUGGAAAACCAAAGCUUGAGGUGCCGGGUGGCCCUCCUGAGCAGCCGCUUGCAACAGGAGCAGAGCUUUACGUCGGCACUCAGGCGACACGUCCAGUGUCUCGGCUCGAGGGACGAAGCUUUCCAAAAAACCGUCAAGGACUUGACCAACCGACUGCUGAGUAGCGGUGAGCGACUGCGGUCUUCCCUCGACAGGUGUCGUCAGCUGGAGCAUGCGCUUGCAAAAUCUGCAGCCAAAGCCAAACGGUUGGAGGCAGAGCUCGACCAGUUGAGAGAAAGCAUGAAGUCGUCGAGUGACAUGUCGUUAGAUUCGGUGAAAAUUGUCAGUAGGGAACACAGUGCCUCGAUGGAGGAGGGCAAACGCCAAGACGGAGCAAACGGGGAGGCAUCUGACGCUGGUUCCCGGAAAGGGAGCGGCGGGGAAGGAAGUGGGAUCGAUGAAGUGAAACCACUUUCCAUUCUCCACAUGCAGUUGGAGCUGGAAGAAAAACAGCUUCUGCUGUCAAACCAGGACCUGUGCAGCCGUGUCUCCCAGCAGCUGGAACUGUGUCGGCAGCGCGAAGAGCUGCACGCAGAAUAUGGCGAGCGACUCUCUGCUGUUCUGGCAGCCUUGAAGGACUCCUGCAGAAGAGAGUUGCUCUCUUUUCAAGAGUGUCUUGCACGCGAGUCCUCGCUUCAGCUGCUUCGGCUACGAGAAGCGCAUCAGGCCGAGAUUGCGGCACUGAAGCAGAGGCACGCAGAACAGGUAGAGCAGCUGCAAGCUAAGCUGCUGCCAGCCGACACAUUGACGCCAUCAGCUACGGACGACGAGGAUGCAGUUCUCGCAGAGUUGCGCCAGCGGCAGCAGGCAGAGUAUGAGCAGCUUCUGCCCAGCUUGGACCCAGAGCUGCAACUCAAGCUACAAGCUCUGGUGGCUCUGACACUGCGAAUACACCAAGUGGAGAACGAACGGGCUCUGUCCUCUGCACAGGAGCAUCUGGCUAGUGAGAAGCAGCGCUUGGGAGAAGCACUGACGGCCUGCAGCAAGGUGCAAAGGGAGGCUCUAGAAGCUCGGCUAGAGCAUGAGCAGAAGGCUGCUCUGAGGGACCAGUACCAGGCCCUGCUCGAUGACACAGGCAAAGGCCCCGGCACCUGCGUCCGCCCAGACAGCCCUGCCGCUGCUGGAGACGGCUCCGAGGCACUGAACUUCUCUCACGUCAGGAAGGAGCAGCUGCAAAGCUCGACGGAGGCACUCUUCGGCCUUCUGAAAGAGCGGCUAGAGAAGGACUUCUACACCGCCCUCAGUCGCCUAACUGAUGAAUGGAAGGCGAAGUAUGCCAACACUCCUGUUUCGGCAGCAACAGAAGAUUCACCUACAGCAGCUGGGGACGAUACUGAAGCAUUACUGCAUGAUCUCAGGAAGCAUCUGGACUCAGCGAAAGAGGCCGAGCAGCUGGUGCUAUCCUUCCAGCGACUGGGCCAGGAGCUAGGGAGUGGCUUGCACUCGCGGCUGGAGCACUUGCUUGCAGUAUACCGGGAGCUGCACAGUAAAAUGGACGCCGCUUCGGCUCUCGAGCGCUACCGGGGCCUAUGCGAGCAGCUGUGCUCAGGUGCCCAGGUCGACCCGGCCUCCCUGCAGCACCAACAAGACCUGCAGCUAAAAGCGCUAAGGGCAAGCCUCGAGGAGCAGCACUCUCAGGAGAAGACAGCUCUCCUCUCUGAGCAGGUGGUGCGCACCAAAGAACUGCUGAGCAAGCAUCGGGCAGAAGUGGAGCAGCUGGAGAGGACUGCCGAGGCCAGGCUGGUCGACGAGCGCAGACGACUGACAGAAGAGUUGGACGUCCUGCGUCGCAGUCUCUGGGAGAAGGAACAGGCCCUCAGCCAGGCUGCAGAUGAACAGCAUGCAAAGACUUCAAACGAAAUGGCAGCGCUCAUCGACAGGCACGCCGAGGAGGUCCGGAAACUCUCCUCCGCACUCGAGGAGGAGCAGAAGAAGACUGAAUCUCUUCAAUGUGCAUUGGAUUCUCUAAAGAAGGAAAGGGAAGAGAUUGUAGAGGCUGCAGAGAGCAUCGGGAGCGCCAGCUCAGACUCGGCACUCGACCCGAGCACGGCAAUUCGACGACUUGCAGAAGAGAAUGCGGCGCUGCGACGGGAGGCUGAGUCCGCGCAAGCUGAGUACGAGAAGCUGCUGUCUGAGGAGAAGGCAAGGCUGGAAGACGAAGGGGAGGCUGUCCGCACCGAGUAUAAGUUCAUGCUGCGGAAUCUCGAGGAGAAGCUGCGGGAGACCGAGGCCGAGCACAGGAGGCGUGUAGAAGAACUGCUUGCAAGCCAGGAACAGUAUCAGGAAGAGGUGAAGUUGAAAGAGGAAGAGCUGCUUCUACUGAAGCACGAAGUGGAGCAGUACGCAGACACGCUCGGCUCCCAGAGACUCGAGUACGACCAGGAGUUGGAGAACAUCGAGAGAAAGCUGGAGGUCAAGCAUGCCGCAGAGAUAGAGGCUUUGAAGUCGGAGCACAGGGCCAACAUUGAGGUGCUGAGAGAGAGUCUGCAACAAGAGCUGCACGACGUCAAGGCCGGCUACGAGGAAGAGCAGCGGAAGCUGCGCAGGAGCCUUGAGACCGAGCACAACUUGGUGGCCAACUCGCAGAAGGCACAGUUCGAGCUGGCGCUGGAGGCCCUGAAGAAGGCACAUAAAGCACAGAUUGAGAAGCUGGAGGAACAGCACGCGAAUGUCGUGAAACAACUGGCCAACGAAAGAGCGCAGCUGGAGCAAGGCAUGGCUGAGGAGAAGACGUCUGCCAUCCAGGAAAUGAAAAGCAAACUAGAGGCUCACUACGCAGAGAUUGUGGACACCGCCAGGGUAGAGUGUGCUGCAAGAGUCAAGCAGCUGCAAACUGAAUUGGCAAAAACAGAGCAGCAGCUGAGCUCCUUGCGUCAACGGCACGAGAAGGACCCAUCAAUAGAGGAAGAAGUGGUUGCUGCGACAACCAAUCUGUCUUCGGCAGAGAAGCCUGUGAUGGCUGGGUCACUCGAUAGUUUAGAUGGGAAGCUUCCUGAAGGAAAAUCCGAGGAAAGAACCACGCAGGAAGCCGUUAAGUCAAAACAUCGCCCUGCCACUUCUGUUGCAGAAAAUAGGGACGCCUCGGCGGAGUGGUCGGACAUUUCCGUAGAGGACAUCCUGUACGAGCGGUCGGAACUGAUGAAGCAGCUGAGGAGCCUCAGCGUCACUGUUGACAAGCUGCAGGCAGAAAAAGAAGACUUGCAGGAGCAGCUUCGGAAAGCAAAUGAUGAGCUCACGUCUAAGGAAAUCAGGGCCACUUCACGAUCACCCAGUAAGGCCCUGCUUCUCAGAAUGGAGUGGCUCGCAGGCUCAGGGCUGACAGCCAAUGAGAUUCAGUCUUGGCAGCUGCACACAGCACAGACAAAUACGCGUCUGUUGAAUGUGCUGUCUGAUCUCGUAAAGACUUACGUGGAUACCGAGCAGGAGAUCCAGGAUGCUCUCGGUCAGCUGGGGCUGUCACGCGUCGAUUCACCGGCCUCCAACACGGCUGCUGACGAAGACUACUCUAGCCUUGGGGGUAUGAGCUGCCAAACCCAAGGCUCAAAGGAAGACUUUGCCGAUGGCUUCCUCUCUGAGCUCUGCGAGGAUGGACCUGACCUAACACCGCGAACGUGGGAUAUGUUUGCCUCAGCCAUUGGAAUGCAGGACACCUCGGAGAUGGAGGGCGAGGAUGUUGUCCUUGGGGCAAGUCGCCGACUGCGCACGGCUGUAGACCGGGUGCUGCGACUGCUAGCAGAGGUCUCGGAGCACCGCGGGGAAGACUUCCGAAGCCUGGUGCAACGUAACCGAGAUUUGUGCCAGGAGUUGCGCCAGGAAAGCCAGCUGCACAACCAGCUGGCACUGGACCUCCUCCACGCUCAAGAGCGAGGGCGUGCCCUGGAGCACGAGAAGCAGCACCUCGAGGACAUGGUGUCUCAGCUAGAAGAGCAGCAAACAGAGCUGCAGCGUGAGGUGCGGAGCCUGCGGGCGCAAGCUCAGCGCCUUGAGGACGCUCGGGAAUCACUCGGGGAACAGCGCCAGCUGCUAGAGGAGCAACGCCGCAUGCUGCGCGAGGGGCUGCACGAGCCUCAGAUCACACCAUGCCCAACUUCCACAUCUGAGCAAGCACCGACUGAAGCGCCUGAAGGGCUGCUGGAAGAGCACGAGAGGCUAAGCGAGGAGAAGCGGCGCCUGCAGCGCAGCCAGGACCAGGAGCGAGACGUCCUUGCAGCUCGCCUCGCAGAACUGGAAGCAGCCCUCGAGGAAGCCUCGACACAGCGUGAGGAGCUUCUGGAGACUCGGCGCCUCGAGGUGGCAGACCUGCAGGCGCAGAUCGACGCCAUGGACAAGCAGCUGCUGUCACACAAAAAGUUCAUUGAGGAGCAGACACACGAGCGGGAACAGGAGCGAGAGGACUUUGCCCAAGAACUGGCCAAGAUGCAGGAAGCCCUCAAAGACAAAGAGAAGAUUCAGAACUGCGAGCAACGCCUCUCAAAGGAGAUUGAGUCCCUGGAACAACAACUGCGGAUGCGAGUAGAGGAUCACGGACUGGUGCAGCGAAAGCGUGACCAGCUGGAGGCCGAAGUUCGCUCUCGAGACGACAAGAUACAUGACCUUCGGGACAUCAUUCGUGACCUUGAAGCCGACCUGUCUAACAAGUCGCACACUGUCCACGAACUCACACUGAAGGUGUCCCACCUGGAGGAGGCCUUGGCAGAGGCCCGUCGAGGUGAACAGGAGGCCUUGCUCGAGCUGGAGAAGACACGGGGAGGCACCCAGAGCAACGCAUCAGCCGACAUGGCCAGACGCGUGCGACAGCUGGAGGAGCAACUGGAGUCUCGCACCCAGGAGCUCGAAAAAAUGGUCCAGAUGGGAUCCUUACUGCAAGAGUUCAGGGCGCAGGUGCGCUCUCUGGAGGAGAAAGUGGAGAGCCGCAUUCGGCAGGUGCAGGACGCGCACGGCUCUCUGCGGCAACUGGUGCAGGCACUGAGCCCGGUGGGGGGAUCCCGCGAGGGAGCCCUGUCGGGCACCAGCGAAGACUCCUCGUCGCUGUCAGCCGCGGGCGUGCAGACACUGUCGGUCGACGACAUACGGGACGGCCUGUCACCCAGUGCCCUGCAGUGGGACGAGCUGCGUGGCCUAGAGGAGAAAGUGGAUGCCCUGGUGGCAGCCGUGGGCGACAGCUUCCAGGAGAAUGCCCAGCUCCGCAAGGCCCUCAAGUCCACCAGAAAAGAAAAGGAGGAGCUUGAGCGUGAGAAGCGUGCUCUCCAGGAGCUGAAUCAGCAGCAGCUGCUGCAAGUGUCUGCGCUGAAGGCGCACGUAGAGGACGCCCGGCUGGGACUGUCCCCAGCGGGCACCCAGGGUGGAGGGCCCGUGGGCCAGCAGCUGCGGCAGCUCAGGAAGGACCUGCUGCGUGAGAAAGAGGCUCGCGAGGCCGCCGAGCACAAGUUGCAGCUGAGCACGGAGCAGGUGAACAGCCUUCGCGGCCAGAUGAACCGCCAGCGUGAGCUAGCCGCCAAGCAGCGAGAACGACUCAGGCCGUCGCAGCACGUCGGCACGCUCACCCGAGACCUCGAGGCCAACCGCUCCCCUCCUACCCCGCACUUUGCAAAGUUGCAGAGGCUGAAAUACACACGAGGAACCAUGACCGAUCUGAACCUGCAGCGGCUACUGGAAUUGGAGGCUGCCCAGCGUAGAGCUCAGUCCUUGGAGCUUACAGUUGAGCUGGAGGCAGCAUGCAGCGACAAGGACGGGCCUGUAGCAGAAGCAGCAGAGACAGACAUGUUACCCAUGCAAAAGCAGAACAUCGCUGAAUUGCAAGCACUGCUGCAGGAGCGAGAUGAAGAAAUUGAAGCCCUCCACCAGGCUGUGGACGUGCAGGUUUCCCCACUGCGUGAAAAGCUGCGCUCACUGGAGGAAGAGAUGGUGAGUCGGGAGCGUGUCGAUAGUGAGCAGCGGGAGUGCCUGAAGCAGGAGUUGGCCCGUGCACGGGAGGCACACGAAGCGAGUUCCAGGCGGCUUCAGCUGCGGCUGCACGAAGUCCAGCAACUCCACGCCAAAGCUCAGGAGGCACUCCAAUCGGAGGUGCUCGCACUAAGAGAUGACCUGUCGCGAAGCGUGCCUAAGGACGAGGCUGCAGCCACUCUGAACAAGGCAGUGUCGGCCGAGCGGGAGCAGCAGCAGAGCAAGCACCAUGAGGAGAUCCGGCUGUUGGAAGAGACGUGGAGAGGACGCUUGGAAGCCGAGCGCAAGCGGCUGGAGCAGGAGCAUGCUCAGCGCAUCGCCGACCUGGAGCGCCAGUGCCAGCUUAACGCGCGCAUGCGCACCUGGAACCGCACUGACCUGGAGAAAGAGAUGGCCUCUUACCUUGAGCAGGAAACAGCUGCACUGGACGCACAGCACCAGCACACAUUGGAGGCACUUAGACAACAGUACGAACAGGAGAAGCAGCAGAUAAGGCAGGCACUCACAAGGGAGCACGCAGAACAGAUGGCCAAGCUCAGAGAGACGGUUGAAGCCGAAAAGGCGGCACUUCAGCAAGAGCGGCACGAUGUGCAGGUGCAGUCGUCGUCAGUCCAUAACACGUGGCAACAGGUGGCAAGCAGGAAUGGCAGUGACAGCAGUAUGCCAGGUGGCAGCAGUGGCCAGGCUGCUCAAAUGUUGACUCAGGAAGACAUCCGUAGCUUGGUCAACCGUCGUGUCGUCGAAGAAGUGACCAGGCUGUGCAAGAUGCAUGAAGCAGAGGUGGCCGAGCUGAAGAAAACCAUGAAAAGACAGUGGAGCAGUGAGCAACAGGUUGGGACAUCAGCCACAGAAUUCUCCACCAUGAAGGAGGCAAGUUCCCCGUUGAAGGCGAAAGAGGUGCAACGCUUACAGCAAGAACACCGGGCAGAGGUAGAGCGCCUGCGAGCUGAGAUGGCCAGAAUGCUGCAAGAGAAGGAAGAGAUGCUGACGGCACGCUCCGACCAGCGCCUGCUGUCCACGGAGGCAAGCUUCCAGCAUGAGCUGGAUGAGCUUUUGGACGCCUUGCGAAGAGCUCAGGCAGAUGCGCUGCAGCAAGACGCCACCCACAGGGAGCAGCUGCGGAGGACCGAGGCUACCUUUCGAGCGCAGCUAGAGACUGAGAAGGGGCAUAUUGCUCUGCAACACGAGCAGCUUGUGUGGCGGCUCAGGGAGGAACACUCGCAGCAGCUGCAGACCCUCCGCGCAGAGCAGCUGAAGGAGGUGGAGGCCCUCCGACUGGAGCUAGACCGUGUCAAGCUGAAGCUGCGUGCUCACAAGAUGGCUGCCAUUCUGCGCUCUCGUGGCAGCACACCGCCCUCAGAAAACGGAAGCACCGCUUCAAGCAUGGCUUCGAGCUUAGCUUCGACCGGCACGCUAGAGGAAGGCAACUCUCAGGACUCCACGCUGCCGCCAGCUCUUCGUAACCUGCUGGCAAAAAUAUAUCGCGAGGGCCUGCAUGUGCUGUCCUUGACAGAACGGCAGUUGCUGCAGCGACACUUCACACCAUCACCCGAGCACAGUGGAAACACAACAGCAGCGUCCGACCACUCUACAGCCACUGUCAUAGCAGUUUCUCCAGCUGUAGCGGAAGACGUUCAGAAGUUGCAGCAGGCGCUGAAGGAGGAGGGCCUGGCUCACAAGAAGGCACUCGAUGAACUCCAGGAACAAAUGGACCGUUCCCGAGAUCAGCAUGACCAGAAGGAGCUGAAACUCAAGGCCAAAGUGGAUACACUGGAAGGUCAGCUUCGGCAGGAGCGGUCACGGGCAGAAGAGCUCAAGCAGCGGCUAGACGCAGAGCAGGCCAAGACACUAGAUCUGCUGACACAGCUCAAUGUUCAGCGGUCCUCAGGUCUGGAACUGGAGAUGGCACUGGCCAACUGCCGGUCUGACCUUGCCGAUGCUAAUCGCCAGAUACUCGCCCUCAAGCAGGAAGUCCUCCACUGCAAGAGCUCCCUGGAGGUUGAGAAACUUCAUGCGCAGAACAUGUUGAAUGCAGUCAAUGCCGAGCGGGCUCAUUUCAACCAGCUUCAGGCCACCUUGGAGCUGGAGCGACGGCGUGGAGCCAGGACUCACGAGCAGGAUCUACAGCUUAUACAAGAGCUCAGAGCGGUACCCUCACCCCUUUCAUCCACACUGGCACGGCAGGCACAGUUGAGCGACAUUGAAAAGAUGCGUGGAGGUGCUCCAUCAAGCACAACUCGUCUGGACAACUCUCUGCUUGGUGAGGCAGAUAACAGCGGCAGUCACAGUGGUGGACACUACCUGUGCGCGCGGGAGAAGCUGUCAUUGAGCCAAUCUCUGCUGAAAGCGGAGGAGGAGAUAUCGCGACUGAGGCAGCUCACCCUUAGCCAGGAUCUGCUGCUUGGCCAGACAACAGCAGAUGGCAACCCGUCGCCUGCUAUCUGUCGUCUGCUACACAAGCUGUACUGGAAGUACCGUAAGGCAGACAGUUGGCGCAAGGGCCUUGUAUACCAGAAGCAGUACCUACUCGGCUUGCUUCAGGGCUUCCAGGCAACCGAAGAUGUGGCAUUACGGAUGCUGUCCACUACCCGACGUCGACCCCCUCCUUCACCCCCGCCUUUGCAUCACAUAGACGGAAUAGGGACAUCUAGUGACGAUGAUGGACGUCCCAGGCAGCAGGGCUUCCGCCUGCACUUGGCCGACUCCUCUGGGGGUCGUCACUUCCAGCACUUGCUGACCUACCAAUCACGGGGUCGCCAAGAUUCAGUGGAUGAAGCUCCGCUUCCUUCGGGAUCGUCGUCCCACUCGUCGGCUGAUGGCUCUUCAGGCAUAGCAUCAUCACCACCCAUGCCUGCACGGUUUCGAUUCAGGUCAGCAGUGCAAGCCGUGAUAGCACUGCACCGCAUGCAGCACUUGGUGCACAAGUGGCGGUUGGCUGCGUGUGUGCCACCAGCACCUGUACUUUUGCACAAGGUGGAGUUGGCGGUGCGGACAGUUCCACACGGUGGUGCAUGGAGGCUAGGAGCUUCAAACUGUGAGGGCUUCUCUAUGACCACUGCACAGUCAUCGCAGUCGUCACUGGUCUCACCCAACACAAGCCAAGCAUCGGCAGCAACAGUACUGAGCCACAGGUUGCCACAGUCACCAUCACCCAGAACCCCAUCGCGGCCUUCCCCGAGCCAACCUGCCAGUAUGCGAGAAUUCGUGGAGAGGCUGGACAGUUUACACAAGCAGUUCGGCUUGAGAGACGACCAGCACUGCUGACACACCGCCGUUGGGUGGGAGGGGCUGACUGCAGGGCUGAACAGUGCGCGCUGGAGUUUGGAGCAGAAACACGCUGACGCACAGACAGAGGACUGAAUAGCUCUUCAGAAAAGCUGCUCUUUGGGACCGUGUAGAUAAAUGACUUGUUCACAGUAGUUUUUGCGUUGCUGUUCUCGAGAGACUGCUAUGUUUUCUACUUUUUUGGCCAAGAAGAGGAGUACUGUAUGCAAGCUGUGGGGAAAGGUUUAUUUUCACUUGCACAGACACCCUCUGGCGUAGGCAUGCUCAGCACUCUUUCUAGUCUUGACUGAGUGGAGGGAAAGUUAAGAAAAAGAAUCAUUUUGUGGUAAAGCCUCCUAAUACAAUGUUUUAUUGCAUGUGUUGUUCUGCAGUUGCAUUGGCCUAACAGUUUUUCACACGCAGCAACUAUAAUCUUGAACUUAUGGGUAAAUUAAGUAUGUGUUGUGGCUAUAUUAUUUUAGUACAUAUACUGUAGGUUUUAUUAAAGCGAGAGACGUUCUGCUGAAAUUUGAGGUAAUUCUUUCAGACCCUUCAUGCAGAUCAGCUUAUAUGGUACACUAUUACCUGUUUUGUCUACUCCUGUUUUAAUUUUCACAGUACAACGUGCAAUGCAUUGCUUUUAUGUGUAGUCCUAAUGUCUGUCUGUUUGUUUGUCUACGUUACUUAAUCUACGUGUGGAUGGCACAAUACCUAGAGGAAAUCGGGGAGGCUCAAAUUUUUUUACCCUCUGCCAAAUAUAGUCGGUGCCACUAAACAGGGUGGGCUUUUUUUGCCCUCAUCAACCCGAGUUUUUUAUUUUCUACGCACAUCAUAUUGUGACUAGUUGCCAAAAACAAGAAGAGGAGAACCUCCGAAAUCUGUGCCUUUUUCUCCUCAAGAGUGCUCGACAGUGCUUCAGGGUGUAGCUUCAGGAUGGUGUUGUAGGUUUUAGAAUUUCUCAUAGCUUUUUUGAGCCUGCCUUGGUUUUGUAUUACAUGGUUUUGGCUGAGAACUCUACACAUUGUACAUAAAAAUGUAUAUUUUACAACCAGCAAUUUUAAGUCUCUAGUGGUAUUGUCAUGGUGCUGUAUGAAGACACACUUCUGGCAGGGGCUGAUGCCUUUUCGAAUAAAAAUGUACAUACCUGUUCUCAGAAAUGAA